UGGCCAACGCAGGCGCACAUCGAGGCUUCCGUUCUUCAUUCUCCGCUCUGCCGGGCUCGCUCUCUGCUCGCACUGGGUCGGUAUAGGAGAGCGUCUUACAGCGUCACUUCAGAAACAACAAGAGAGAAAAGACGCACUCGGCCAAACCCAAACUCAACCGCUGGGAAAACAACAACAAAAAUGUCCGAAUCCAAGUACCGGGACUGGAUCCUCGAGACCAUCGACUCUCUACGCUCACGGAAAGCCCGACCGGACCUUGAGAGAAUAUGUCGUAUGGUCCGGAGAAGACACGGCUCGGAUCCAGACAGAACCCGGGAGGAACUGGAGAAACUGAUCCAAGAGCAAACAGUGCUCAAAGUUAGCUACAAGGGCUCCAUAUCCUACAGGAAUGCGGCGKYGGUGCAGAGAAAGAGUCGAAAGAAGAGUGACUUCACGCCGGGUAACGGCGGCGGUAGCGAGGUGGAGGGAGAGAAAGCCAUACACUCCAGUUUGAACAACAACGGGGACAGCGCGCACAGCUUUACCGACCUAGAGGAGGUGGAGAGCCGGGACCGAGAGGAGGAUUCUGUCUCCGAGCCGAGUGAGUACCCAGACCCCCGGCCCGAAACUCCGGGUCUCACCUCCGAGAAAAAACAAAAGCUUUUUCCACUGAAUAGCGGAAACGGCCCUGGCUGUUGCCCGGGUUGUGGCGAAACGGGCUGUGCUGAAACGGGCUGUGCUGCCGGGAGAGGCUGCAGUGGGAAAGCAAGUGCGUCAAAAGACAAGAGAUUAGGAGAAAGAGGAGGAGGAGGAGGGCAGGAGGGGGGUGGCAGCAGCCCUUUGGCCGGCAACCACGAAACAAAACCGGGCCAAGAUGGGAGCGGCGCUCCGAGCAAAGCAAAGGGGGUCUGUGGUGGCGCAGGGGYGGUGGAGACGGCGGGGCAGGAGGGCAGCAGUAGCUGCGUUGGUGUUGCUGCUGAAACGGAACAUAAAAUUUGCCAGGGAYGCGCCAGUUCAWGUUCCAGCAGCAACAGCCACCUCAUGCGGCCGAAACAGCUUCAGCCAGCAUCCCCACUUGUCAAACCCAAACUCCGGGCCGGCCGAUGUGAGGGGAACCCGUGGGUCGGGGGCAGCGGGCAGACCAGCUCGGAUUUGGGCGAAAGACUGAUCGCCUCCGUCCGCAGACUAGCCGAGCAGAACCGAGCCUCCGCGUUAAGAGGGGAGACCCGCGGGGGACACAAGCCKCUGGGACUGAAGGAGAUCCUGGGCUACCUGACCAGCCAAGACGGCCUCUCAUCUGAGGGUAAGCUGACCCGCAACAGGGUCAAGGUGGUUCUGGAGAGAGAGGUGGCGAGAGGUCGGCUGCGGAGGACCCGGUGUGGGAACAUCACUCUCCCGGUGAGGGGAGUGGAGGCAGCCCCCGCGAAGCCAACCGGRCCCGCUAACAGACUGCUUAAGAGCGCACUGCAGGAUAAGCACAUUGGGAAAAAGGAGGUGAAAGAGGAGGAGCCAAUGGAGACAGAGAGUGGAGAGGAGGAGGAGGAUGAAGAGGAGAGAGGGAACAGGGGAUGCUGAGGAUGGGGGGCAGAGUGACACCCAAGCCUCAGGGGGAGGAGGGUUCUAAGGGGUGACUUGCCCUGCCCGGUUCCCAUGGAAACGGAACCCAGGAAUGGUGAUGACAUCGCUGGAGGUUCUGAGGGACAGCGCGGGGUGAAGCAGGAGGACAAACAACCAGAACACACAACCAAUACUGUCUCUCCAGACCAGAUACACACAACCAAUACUGUCUCUCAGACCAGAUACACAA